UCGCCCUCACACACAUGCUCGCUCUCGCCAGCACCAGCUUCGUCGGCUUCGCGCCUCUCUCCGCGCCUGCGUCCCGCUCGGGCGCGGUCCGCGCGCGGCCAGCUGUGGCUGGCCUCCUCGACGGCGUCAAGGAUGCGUUUGGCGGCGGCGACAAGCCGCUUGUUGCGGCGGACCGUGUGACACCCUUCGACCGGUGGCUGGGCCUGGACAAGGACCUCGAGGCGGAGCUCAACGACGGCGUCGAUCAGGACGUGACGUACGUCGACCCCUCCGACGCGAGCAACUAUGUCUCGCUCUCACUCGUCAAGCCGAUGGGGAUCGCUUUUGUCGAGAACGAGGGCGGGUGCGGCGGCGUGUUUGUCGACGAGGUGCUUGACUCUGGCUCCGCCGCCUCUGCGAGUCCGGUGCUUGCGCGCGGCGAUCAGCUGGUCGCCGUCGGCAGCACGCUCGUGCUCGGAUGGGAGUUCGACGCGACGCUAGAUGCCAUCAAGGCGAGCGAUGACAGUGCGACCAAGCUCGUCCUCUUCCGAGGGCCGACCUCCUUCCUGUACGGCCCGACCAAGGCCAGCGAGGAGUGGUACCAGGAGAACCUCCUGUGAGGUGUGAGCGUGUGCGGAGCUCCGGCGGGGAACUGCGAGCGCCGGCGCGCUGUGUGGAGCGCCGCAGGCGCAGCGCCGAGAGAAGAUGGACGUGAGUAAAUUACUGUGAGGCCCCGGGGCGCCGUGGGCACCGCGCGCCAUGCAUGUGUGGUUAGCAAGUUGGGUCCUCAUGCAUGCAAACAGCCGCAUCGCACAUCGUUCA